GCAAACUGUCUCCGGAAGGACGGACCUUGUUUGUCCGCCCUGGUAGGUUCUUGGAGAUCUCAGUCCAUUUACUGUCUCUACCACGCUUAUCUCCCAACUGCUCAACAAGGGCAAUGGGCUUUUCGUCUUCUUCGGUUGACCAUACGCGACGUGGCAUGGUGAUGGUAGGAACGGCGUCCAGGAACUCCGGGAUACAGGAUGAAGAUGCGGAUAAGUGGUGAUGACUCGGCCCCAACCCUUUCCCCGCAUCAUCCUCUUUCCGAUGUUGCCAAUGUUCUUAUCUGAUGUGGCCACCACCUUGCCUCUCUCGUCGCAUAGCGUGAAUCAUUGGAUGGGGACCGGUCGAUACGCAGAGAAAAUUCUCGAUAGCAAACAUUCCCAUUGGAUUGGUACCCAAGAAGAGAAGGAGUUCCCGCGGAUGCGCAUGCUGGCAGCAGCUGGCGAACAUGCUCGGAAUCGGCCAUUCCGACUCCGCCUUGUCGCGAGUUAUUGUAGAACACACUGCACAUCACGCUCUACCAUGAAACUAGUGCAGUGCGUACAGGUAGAAUCUCUGUGCAAGCAUAAGGACGUGGGAGAUUUAAUGACAGUCUGUCACUGGGUAUAAGGACCGGACCGCUGCACUCGGCUCAGCCCACCGUGUGGAGAUGCAUGCUCAGCGUUCAAAUCACCUGGUAUUCAGUGACUCUGUCCUGCUCGCUGACUCGGCCC